AUGUUCUCUCUAGCCCGUCAAUUCACCGGAGUCAUCUCCAAGCCUCGAGUCCUCCCUCACCUGAAAUCAACUCUCCCCCACCGCCUAUACUCAACACGAUCAUCGCCACGUACACCUCCUCCCGCCCCUCAACGCAGCCGCUCCGACUUCCCAAUCAUCCCCAUCAUCCUCAUAACAGCCAUCAGUUCCGGCGCCUACGCCUACCUCGUCAAGGCCCGCACAGGCAUCAACACCCGCCAGAACUAA